AUGGGGUGGAUCAUUUCAUUUCAUCUCUUCAAAUCAAAAAAAAAAUAUAAAAAGUGUGAAAACAGUCCAGAAAGUAAUAAGAAUCCUAAAAAGAUGUCUACUUCUUCCAACUCCUUCCUUAUCACUGUUAUCGCAUUCUUCGUCAUGAUUAAUGUAGUUGUUACACUUCCGCUCAUUGGAAUUCGAGAUGAUCUCUCAACCGAAUUCGUUGGUAUUGGCCUCCGUGACGAUGUGGCACUUCCCAUACAAAAGCGCCGAGUUUCUCAAGAAUCCCAAUUCUGUGCUACACAUCGAGAAUCAUAUGAUACCUACUGCAACAACUUUUGGACAGAUCGUCCACAACGACUUCAAACCGCUUUGUUCACAUUUUGCCCUGGAUAUGAAAACAAAUGCCUUCACUAAUUACUAUUUUACAUUUUUAUUCUUAACACGCAUGACUGCCUGAAAAUCUCAGUUUCAACAAUGGAAAACAUAUUUUACGGUUACAAAAACAAAUAAAUGUUAUAGAGCUCUA